AUGAUCCAGACCACAUGGUCGAAAAUCUUGGAGGAUACAAGAUCCGGAUUCCCACAGUUUCAUGGCCACAACAAUCCUGAUGAGUACAUGGACUGGGAGAAGAAGUGUGAGUUCAAUUUCAACUUACACAACAUCUCCAAUCCCAACAGAGUUAAGCUGGCGGUCUCUGAGUUCAAUGACUAUGCCCUAAGGUGGUGGGAACAAGUCGUGACCGCAAGAGAGAUUGGUGGAGCUCUUGAGGUCUCUACCUGGGAAGAGAUGAAAAGGAUCAUGAGGCAGAGGUUCAUUCCUAGCUAUUAUCAGAGAGAGCUACAUUCUAAGCUCAGGAGGCUCACUCAAGGGUCCAAAACAGUUGAAGAAUACUUCCAGGAGAUGGAAGUAAUGAUGCUAAGGGCUAAUGUGAUUGAGGACAGAGAAGCCACUAUGUCCAGUUCUGGCCGAAACCCAACUCAAGAGGAGGCGCCAACUCGACAUGGAACUGAUCAGCGCCGGCCUGUCUAUGCCAGAGACUCCAAACCGGCUUUCACACCAAAGUCAGAGCCAAGAGGAGUCCUUACAACCAAGACAAGGACAAGAACAAGUCCAGUACACCUCUGCCCCAGAGCCCGCGAGCUUAAGUGCUUCAGAUGCCAAGGCUUUGGACACUAUGCCAAUGAAUGCCGCAACAAGAAGAUCAUGUUCAUAAGAGAUAAUGGAGAAGUGGAGUCUGAGGAAGAAGUUCUAGAGCCAGAGCAAGAGCCAGAGCCAGAGGAGUAUGAAGCUGUGCCUGUCAUGGGAAAGCUUCUGGAGAAGGUUUGCAGCUUAAUCAUUGAUGGAGGCAGUUGCACUAAUGUGGCUAGUGAGGCCAUGGUUGAGAAGCUUGGUCUUGUGACUCAGAAACAUCCUAAGCCAUAUCAGCUACAGUGGAUCAAUGAGACUGGAGAUAUGAGUGUGAAGGAGCAAGUGUCGUGCCACUAUCUAUAG